AAAGGCUACCGCAGCACAGAUCGCUUUCCGUACCACACCUACGGUUCCCUCAAUUCCACCCACUUAUUUCUCCAUCUUCAUUGUUUGGCCCAUUGCCUUUAAUCGCUAGGCAGUCACCGGCCGUCUGCUUUGCGGCUGGCCGUGGUUUUUUUCCUUCGCAGCCAUUUAAGACGUCGUCGCACACUGUAGCCUUGUCCUGCCCUACUUCCAACCUCCAACGCAUGACACAGCCCCACGAUCUCCUCCUCGCAGUGAAGCCGACGCAACCGCAGCCAUGGCGCGAGUCUACGCGGACGUCAACGCCAAUAUGCCACGGUCAUACUGGGACUACGACUCGGUAGCCAUCUCGUGGGGCGUUUUGGAAAACUAUGAAAUCGUCAGGAAAAUCGGUCGUGGAAAAUACUCCGAAGUCUUUGAGGGCAUCAACAUUGUCAACUACCAGAAAUGCGUGAUCAAGGUGCUCAAGCCGGUCAAGAAGAAGAAAAUUAAGCGUGAAAUCAAGAUCCUUCAGAAUUUGGCCGGUGGCCCCAACAUUGUGGCAUUGUUGGACGUGGUACGGGACAGCCAGAGCAAGACGCCCUCUCUGAUCUUUGAGAAUGUCGACAACACCGAUUUCCGGACCCUGUAUCCCCGCUUCGUGGACUACGACGUGCGCUACUACAUCUUUGAGUUGCUCAAGGCGUUGGAUUUCUGUCACAGCAAAGGGAUCAUGCAUCGAGAUGUCAAGCCGCAUAACGUUAUGAUCGAUCAUGCGAAAAGAAAGCUUCGACUUAUCGACUGGGGUCUCGCUGAAUUCUACCACCAAGGCACAGAGUACAACGUGCGCGUCGCCUCUCGCUACUUCAAGGGGCCUGAGUUGCUUGUCGACUAUCAGGAAUACGACUACUCGCUGGACAUGUGGUCGUUGGGAGCAAUGUUCGCCUCGAUGAUCUUCCGCAAGGAACCCUUCUUUCAUGGAAAUAGCAACUCGGAUCAGCUCGUCAAGAUCGCCAAGGUUCUGGGUACGGAUGAUCUAUUUGAGUAUCUCGAUCGCUAUGACAUUGAGCUGGAUGCGCAGUACGACGACAUACUUAGUAGGUUCCCGAAGAAGCCGUGGCAGAGUUUCGUCAAUGCGGAUAAUCAGCGCUUUGUCAGCCCGGAAGCUAUCGACUUUCUGGACAAGCUGUUGAGAUAUGAUCACCAGGAACGCUUGACUGCUCAGGAAGCAAUGGCACAUCCUUACUUCGCCCCGGUGAGGAAUGCGGCAGCACAGCAGCAGCAGCAGAAUUCCCAGAAUCAUGUCUCUUAAAACGAGCAUUACUGGCAAGUGUGACUACCCAUCCCUAGGGAAGGUCCACUGCAAAGGACAAGGGAAUAGGGCAUCCCAAGGAGGUAUCUCCGAAUGAGUGAUGAGAGAUGACGAUGAUGCGACCUCCACAGCGCCGCGGCAGCGCAAGAACAUCCGGCUCAAGAAAGGGCUUAAAGAUGGGGAGUCUGGAGACUAGUGAAGGCCAGCAUGAGAGGAUGAUAGAGUCUGCGAAAACGUCUUCUCGGAGAGAGGAAUGAGGAGCUGUGUAAAGGCGCUUUUGUUGCAGGAACUCAACUCACUUUUGGCACCCUAGCAUAAUACAUUUUCGUACCAUGCUGUCACUUUUGCUUUUGCUGCCUUGGUGAUCGUCCUGUAAGGCUGUGCUUUAGCCCGACUUGUUUGACCGUUUUAUCUUCACGGAACAAAGCUGCCGUCUACGCAUUAAUACUCUCACUCGUCUGGCGGAUUCGAUGUACC